UUCGUUGUCUGUGAAGUUUUGUAAACAAUUUGUUUGAAUGGUUGUGGAUACAUGUGCGCUGAGGAUCUGCAAAUAUAUUUUUUUAGAUUUAUAAUUGGGAAAUGUUUCAUCACUUACGAGCAUAAAAUACAGGAAAAAUGUCUGGUUAUUUGGAAGUGAAGUAUCCUUUCAAAUCAAACCUCGGCUUAAAUCCUUUCAAGUCUUGGAAGAAACAAUGGUGUAUUUUACGACCGAGUGUGACAUGUACGGGUGGUGGUUCGCUUGCUGUGUAUUGUAGCGAGGCAGGAGCCCCAGCAGGAACGGUAGACUUACCCUCUGGAUGUAUAGUGAAGAGGGCCAAAUCUCGCACGAGGCCGCAUGCUUUCGCGGUAUUUUCCCUGGAUGCUCCUUCGAAACCCCGAAUACUGUUAGCUGCACAAACUUUGCAGGAUGCACAAAUGUGGAUGGAUAAAAUACGCGAUUUAUUGAACGGCGAUAAAUUAAGAGGCUCAGAAUCAUUGCUCAAAGACUCAUACCCAGUCACUGUGGUCGCUACGGAACUGUCUAAAAAAUGUGGCUUGAUGACUGACAGUGUGUUAACACUGACUACUGCUGGUUUACUCGUGGCCCAGCCAAACACAAGUUUGAAAAUAGACUGGCAAAAUUUAAGUGAUGUGAUACUGACUAGCGAAAAUGGCGACAAAAAUAAGACUUGCACACUUAGCAUAGAUAGCGGUUUUAGCCAAGGCAGUGGUGAGAUGAAAUUCUGCACACCCCUUGCAGCUGAACUGGUGAAUGCAGUUCGACAAGCAUUAUCCGCAAGACAUAAAAAGCUUAGCCGUAGUGAUGGGGAUCUAAGAAAUGAUGAUAUGGGUGAAAUUCGACGUACCAGUUGGUACAGUGGGCCUUCCGAAGUGUCGCUGGAUGAUACAGAUCUCAUAAUGUCUAAGGAUUGUCAACACAUCCCCAAUGGACAGCUGUGGCGAUGUGAGGCUCCUCUUUCACCAGAUGACAGUGGCUGGUCGCGGCGCUCGGCGCUGUCGGUGGUGUCGGUGUCGUCCGGCGUGUACGAGGAGAUCGCGGACGAGGCGGCGCGGCCGCGGCCCGAGCACACGUACGAGUCGGUGGAGUGCGUGUACGGGACCAUGCGGCGCGCGGGCCGCCGCUGCGCGCCGCCGCUGCCGCCGCGCCAGCCCUACGGCACGCUGGCGCGCGGCGCGGGCUGGCGCGGCGCGGGCGAGGUGACGCGGCACAGCUCGCUGGGCUCGCUCGGCUCGCUGCACCACGCCGGCAAGCCCGUGCGCUACAAGCACACCUUCAGCGUCUUCAGGAAACGUUUGAAAAGCGACUCGCGCGUCACGUCACCCAAAUCCGAGAAAGAGACAAAAGACGUGGAGACGAAGAAGAAGCGAUUCGACUUCACGCCCACGCGGGACAUUUUCAAAAGUUUCAAAGUGCACCGGAAAAUGAAGAACCUGAAAAUAACGGGACUCGCCAAGAGCGAGGCGAAGAGCUGCGAGUUCCUGGACGAAACGGAACACGUCUCGUCCAAGCGCUGCUCCAAGUCCGUCGAGUGUAUAGAGAAGUUCGACGACUUCGACGUGUCCUUGGAGAUCAAUGACACGAACGUGUCCGCUCUGGCCCUGCCCGAAGAAAUCGUCGAGUUGAUAUUUGGCGACAAGAUUCGAUUGAACUCGAACGACUUUGAACAGGAGAGCGAUUAUGUGCCCAUGUCGCCGAUUGUGCCGCCGCCGCCUAUAGAACAGCACUAUAUAGUGAUGUCACCCAAGACUAAUACUGCUUAGUCGAUUCUCGACUGGCGUGUUUGCGUAGUGGAUUUUGUGUAAAGUGCUUGCUGUCGAUGUUGACUGAUAUUUAUAACUGGGUUUUACGGAUAGGUUUAGGUAUUGGAAGGACUUUUUGGAAAAUAAAUACGUUUGCGCGAUAGGUUUUUAAUAUUCGUAGAGAAAAAUUGACAUCAUUUCAUAUAUAAGAACGCAAAAGAAGAAAACCGUUUCUUUUGUUUGUUGUUCUAAUCUUACUACAGGAAAUAUCGAAUAUUUUAAGAAAAUAUAAAUUUAAUCGAAAAAUUAUGUGCUGAAGUUAUACAUACGGUGAAAUAAGAAUUGGCCU